AUAUUCACUUAAUUUGCAUUUAAGAUCUUUAUUUCAAAAUGGAAAAAAUCUCAAUGGCACUCAUUACCUCCAUACUUCUCAUACCUUUUAGUGUUGUCAGAGGUGCAUCAAUAGCGUCACGUUUACAACGCAUAAAUUUGCAUGAUGGCUACAGAAACGGUUAUUCAAGAGAUGAUUUCUACGACGAAGACAGAGCACUACGUAGGCAAGCAGCUCAUGAAGCGGGUGCCCAUGAAGUGGCGAAAACCUUCGUCAACUUCCUAGAGAGAGAAGGCUUUGACUUUCAAAACCACGAUGACAUGAAAAUGCUUGCAUCGUUUCUCGAGACUGUUACAGCUGGUGAAGUAGCACCCCAAAGCAAGGCCAGUCGCUUUUUGAAUAUGUUGAAGAAAGGUGGCGCGAGCUUGCUGAAGUCAACAAAAGAAUAUGCUCAGAAGCAUGCAAAGGGAGCUAUUAAAGAAGCUGUCAAAUUCAUGAUUACGGCGUUCUUACAAAAGGGGCUGCCAGUCUUUGAGGAGGCAUACGAAAAUGCAAUGCAAAAAAUUCCUAUUGACGUAAGAAUCACAUAUGCCCCCAUGGCUUACAACCUAUGGCAGCAGCUGUUUGAAAAGUUUAAAAUAGAGUUGCCAGAGGGCUUUGGCCCAGAGAGAUUUGUAUGCAAAGCAAUGACCAAGGCUCAGUGUGAUGGUAUACUCCGCCGCAUUAAAAGCCAGGAGGAAGAAGCAAUUUCAUAUGAGAAAGGUCGACUAAGAGGUAUGGAAGAAGCAGCUGAAGACGAAGUCGAAGGCUCUGAUGACAAUAUCACCGAAGAAGAUAUGAGUAUCUUUGAAUUCUGAUCAUCAAAGGAUGAAUAAGGCACAAAGAUGCCAUUAUUCAGGAGAAAACUUAUUAGGUGAAAAUACCCAUUAUUUACAAUAAAAAUUGUUACGGGAAGGUUACAAUCAUCAUAUACGCAGCCUCAAGAGACAACACAA